AUGGCGACGGUCACAACGCAAGCCCCUGCCGCGGUUUUCCGACCAUGUGCAUCGAGGACGAGGUUCCUUACUGGUUCUUACGGUCGAUUGAACCGGAAUUUAUCGGUUAAACCGAUCGUCUCGUCCACCAAUACGGCGUCGUUCAAAAUCGAAGCCAAGAAAGGAGAGUGGUUGCCCGGUUUAGCAUCGCCGGGUUACCUCACCGGCAGUCUUGCUGGUGACAAUGGUUUUGAUCCUCUGGCUCUAGCAGAGGAUCCUGAGAACUUGAAAUGGUUCGUUCAGGCAGAGCUUGUUAAUGGCCGGUGGGCUAUGCUCGGUGUUGCCGGAAUGCUUUUGCCGGAAGUCUUCACCAAGAUUGGGAUCAUAAAUGCUCCAGAAUGGUAUGAUGCCGGAAAAGAGCAAUACUUUGCGUCGUCAUCGACAUUGUUCGUUAUCGAGUUCAUACUUUUCCAUUACGUUGAGAUCAGAAGGUGGCAAGACAUCAAGAAUCCAGGAAGUGUGAAUCAAGAUCCAAUCUUUAAGCAAUAUAGCUUACCUCCCAAUGAAGUCGGUUAUCCUGGNGGAAUCUUUAACCNGCUUAACUUCACUCCAACNCUCGAGGCUAAGGAGAANGAGCUCGCNAACGGGAGGUUGGCGAUGCUUGCGUUUUUAGGGUUUGUGGUUCAACACAAUGUGACUGGAAAAGGACCAUUUGAGAACUUGUUGCAGCAUUUGUCUGAUCCAUGGCACAACACUAUUGUCCAAACCUUGAAUUAG